UCCAUCGCAUCCAUUGCAUCCAUUGCAUCCAUUGCAUCCAUCCAUCCACCACAUCCAUCAGAAUGGCAGCUCGACCAUACGUUGUUCUGGAGACCUCAGUCGGCGCCAUCACCGUCGAGCUGUACUGGGACCAUGCCCCAAAGACGUGCGAGAACUUUUUCCAGCUCGCCAAGCGAGGCUACUACAACUCCACUAAGUUCCACCGAGUGAUCGCUGACUUUAUGAUCCAAGGAGGCGAUCCAACGGGCACCGGCCGAGGAGGCUCGAGCAUCUACGGCGCCAAGUUCGCCGACGAGCUUCAUCCGGAGCUCAAGCACACGGGUGCCGGCAUCCUAUCGAUGGCAAACAGCGGACCCAACACCAACGGCAGCCAGUUUUUCAUCACUCUGGCGCCGACGCCGCAUCUGGAUGGCAAGCACUCGAUAUUCGGGCGAGUCUCCGCUGGAAUCAGUGUCGUCAAGCGAAUUGGAUUGGUGCCUACUGACGGAAACGAUCGACCGAGGGAUGACAUCACCAUUCUCCGCUGCAAAGCCGUCAGUCCCUAAAUCGCCGGCUCGGACAGCUGUGCGCCAAACCCGAUCACAUGUGCCUUGCGGCUCGCUGUCGUCCCACCGCCCCGUCGCCAUGCAACUGGAAAACCAUU